CAAAAAAUGAUAAAGAAUUAAAAAAUAAGAUAAUACUGCUUAUUUAAUCAAAAAUAUACAAAAAAAAACGCAAACAAAUAAAAUAAAGCAAUUGUUAUAUGCUUAUUUUUAGGUUAUGGAUUCAUAUUUAGUAGUAAAUUUCAUCGACGAGAACCUUAUAGAAGUGGUUCCGGCAAGUUGGAAUAAAAAAAACACUAAAGUGUGUUAUUUUCCAUCAAAGGGGAACCAUGUUACUCAAAACACUUUUUAAAAAAUGGUACAACAUUGUGAACCACCGAAUACAGAAUGGGAUUUAUUUGACAUCGACAUUUUGGGAUCUUAUGAUAACUUUGAAAAAGCAAACAAAAAAGCCACUAAAGCGCAACAUACCAAUAACUUAGCUUCGUCACAAAGCGAAAGUGAACAAAGCAAACGAAAGUCAAAAGCAAAUCCCAAAUAUGCAAAUGAGUACGCUUAUAACUCUUCGUCAGAUUCAAACAAUUUAGAUCGUGAAACAUCUCCAGACAGCGAUUCAUCACUGCACGUACCUCAGCUACAUACAGCUUCUCUUCCACCUAAAGUACAAAAAAAAGGAUUACAGUUUAGAGAAACUGCAACAUUGUCUCCGAUAUACAUACACUCCACGCACCAUCUCGAAUGAAGGUAAGCUUUCAUAUACCCGUCCACAGAGGUAAUUUAAAAUUUGUAGGUAAAAGUUAUAAACCAAGUUGUGUAUCAUUACAAAAAUCAACGGAUUAUGAUGGAUGUGCUUUUGAUGUGAACCAGAAAAAAGGUCGCUCUGUGGUUGAUCUUUCUUGUACUUCACUUGACCGAAUGCAAGACAAAAUUUCACUAUCUCGUGACCGUGAAUCAUUGCAAGGAUCACCAAGUAGUGGAAGACGUGCCACAAAUAAAAAAAAAGAAGAUUCAUCUAUGGUAGAUUUUUCGCAUGAAGGUUUCACAGGAAGUGAUGACAAACGUUUCCAGAAGUUGGUUAUCAAUGAAUUAUUUUCAAUCAAAAAUAUGUUGUCAUCAUUAACUGAAAAAGUUGAACAGCUAACAAUUGCAGGCGGCAACCAAACAAAAUCCGUGGAGGAAGUUGAUGCUUUGAGAAAUAUAAUGGGACUUAUUCCUAUUUCUUUUGACAAGGACUUACAAACCAUCGAAAAGGCUUUAUCUUCGGAAGAAACUAUGCAGUUAUUUGCAACUGAAUUGAGCUUAAUAGGUGGUAACGAGGCCAAAACAAUGACAAAAAAAUUAUGUAUCGGCUAUUUUCCAACGAAAUUGGCCAAAAUUUUAGUUUCGAAGGGGCUAAAGGAAAAGAAGUGUUCAAAAAUUUAUUCAUUUAUAAAGCAAUUGUUCGAGCUGUUCGUUUAAAUAAAAAAACAAGUAAUGCCACCGAAGCAGAAAUAAUUCCCAAAAUAAAAGACUGGUUGGCGAAGGCCAAAGAGAGACACACAAAUCAAAAAAGAAGAAUUGAAUCUAAAAAAUCGGGUCCUGAAAAUGAUGAAGUUUGAAACAACUGAUACAAUAAUGAAAAUAGUCAUAUUAUACAAUAGUUUAAGGCAUGUACAAUUUAAGUAAUGUGGUAAUAAAUUGCAUUUGAGGUUAAAAAACACACAGGAAGUGCAG